AUGAUAACGGAGAACGGUAUCAUAUUUUUAGGUACAGGUUCAUCAUCUUCCAGUCCAAAGUUAUCUCACAUUUUCAAAAAUUCAAAAAUUUUAUCGAAACAAAAUAUUAGGAAUUCAUAUAAUUCAGAAUUGAAAAAAGAAGAUUUUGACUACGUAGAGAAAUUUGUUGAUGAGUUGGCUUCGAAAGAUUUAGAAUGUAUUGAUGAGCUAAAUGAUUUGUAUUUAAGAAAAAAAUAUAAUGACUGUUCAGAUUUAAAAUGUUACACGUGUUACGAUGCAUUAAAUGAUAAUUCAAAAAAUAAGAGAAAUAAUAUUUCCGUUCUCCUAAAAUCAAAUGACUCUUAUGUUCUAAUAGACGUCGGAAAAACGUUUAGAGACAGCCUUUUGCGUAACAAGGAUAAAAUUAAUUUUUAUGAAAUUAAAUUAGACUUAGUCCUGAUAAGCCACAGUCACACAGACGCAUUGAACGGGAUAGAUGACUUGAGAGAUUUGCAAGAAUUUAACAAAAUAAAACAUGAUGAUAUCUGUUAUUACACGCCGAAAAAUCCAAUUGACAUAUAUGUGAAUGAAGUAACCUAUGAUCGAUUACGAAAAGGUUAUGACUAUUUAGUUAAGAAAAGAACAGAAAAUAUCUUUUAUUCAAAAAUUGCUGCACUUAAUCUAUAUGUUUUAAACGAUGAAAAAUAUAAUGUAUUAAUACAUGAGAAAAAGAAUUUGAAGGAAUUAACUGAUGAACUAGUUAAUAAUUCAAAAUAUAAUCAUAAUAAUAAAACAGAAAAAAAAAAUAAAAUAAAUGAUAUUGAUGAUAAAAAGGAAGGAGUAAAUACAGAUGAUGAUAAAGCCUGUAUAAAUAUACACACCUGUGACAAAAGAGAUGAAUAUGGUUUUGUCUAUACAAAAUUUGAUAAAGAUAAAAGUAUAAGAUUUAUUCCAUUUCAACAUGGAACAAAUUACAUUUGUGUUGGUUAUGUAAUAGGAGAAAAUAAAAAGUUAAUAUAUAUUUCAGAUUGUUCAUAUUUACCACCAUAUGUAUUAGAUUAUAUUAAAAAAGUAGGAUCACCUGAAAUUUUAGUUAUAGACGCACUUUAUUAUAAUUCGAAACAUUAUUCUCACUUCUCCUUGUAUGAAAGUAUACAAAUUGCUUUGAUAAUUAAACCAAAGAAAGUUUUUUUUAUAGGGAUGUCUUGUGAUAUUGAACAUAAUAUUACUAAUUUAUUUCUUAAAAAAUUGGCAAAAAAAUUUCCAGAUAUUUCUUUCGCCUUGGCACAUGACGGUCUGUUCGUCCCCUUCGAUUUUUAG